CCAGGGCGGGGCUUUAAGUCCACGAAUAAAAUACAAGUCAGUACAUGGCAGUGAACGAGAAGGUUUCGUUCGCUUAAAAGAUUCGUUUGAAAACACUGAUUCGUUCUUACAGUGGACUGAAUAUAAGCAGUGAAUUUGGCACUGUUAUAAGUUUGUCCAUGGCGUCCAGCAGCAGCUCCUGUGUGGUGAUCAGAGAUGAUGAGCAGGGUUAUGAUCUUGACCUCUUCUGCAUACCGAAGCACUAUGCUUCUGACCUGGAACGUGUCUAUAUACCUCAUGGCCUAAUCAUGGACAGGACUGAGCGACUGGCCAGAGAGAUCAUGAAGGAUAUGGGGGGACACCACAUUGUUGCACUCUGUGUGCUCAAAGGGGGCUACAAGUUCUUUGCAGACCUGCUAGACUACAUCAAAGCACUGAACCGCAACAGCGAUCGCUCCAUUCCAAUGACCGUGGAUUUUAUUCGCCUCAAAAGCUACCAAAAUGACCAGUCUACUGGUGAGAUUAAGGUGAUUGGUGGAGAUGAUCUGUCCACACUAACAGGGAAGAAUGUCUUGAUUGUGGAGGAUAUAAUUGAUACUGGGAAAACAAUGCAGACCUUGUUAGAACUCCUCAAGCAGUAUAAUCCAAAAAUGGUCAAGGUGGCCAGUUUACUUGUGAAGAGGACACCAAGGAGCGUUGGCUACAGACCUGAUUUUGUAGGAUUUGAGGUCCCUGACAAAUUUGUGGUGGGAUAUGCACUAGAUUACAACGAGUACUUUAGAGAUUUAAAUCAUAUCUGUGUCAUCAGUGAAACAGGAAAAGAGAAGUACAAAGCUUGAGGUUUUCUGCAUCUCCAUUUUAGCUGUGCAUAAUUUUUUUAAAUCGAUGACCUUUUUUUUAUUAUUAUUUGUAUCACAUCUGCUUAGUAAUUUAGGAGUGGAAGGUGCAGAGUGGCCUGGUUCCUCUCAAAGCACUCUGGCUCACUGACUGAGGACCCCUAGCCUUUAUCUGCUGAUUCACAGAUGUAUUUUGGUUUGAAUGUGUUGAAAUAUAAAAUAUCUAUAUAUAUAUAUAUAUAUAUAUAUAUAUAUAUAUAUAUAUAUAUAUAUAUAUAUAUAUAUAUAUAUAUAUGGUAAUGAUAAUCUUUAAUUUAUUUUGUAUCAUUUUUAAAUAAUUGCCUGAUCUUUUUUGUUAAAUAUUAUCUUUAUUCAGCAUAAGAGAGCGUGCAGCCAAAAUAAACAAUGACAUGAUUGGGAUCAAGCUAAUAUAAUUGCUUAUUGAACAAAAAAUGAGUUUCUGCUCAAACAUUUACACUGUAUAUGCCAGGAUGUUUGUAACCAAUGAUUUAAGCUGAGCAGCACAGCUGUAUUAUUGAGCGAUAAUUAUUACAAUAAUUGUCCUUGUAUUUUAUUUUUUUAUGACUACUUAUUGCAGUUUACAAGAUAUCUCAGCAUAUUUUACUUUUUUUUUUAAUGUGAAAGAAGUAAAAUGUUAUGGUGCCUUAUAUGUUAAGUCAUAUAGCCACAAUAACUAUCCUAUCCAAUACAUUUUCAACAAACACUUGAUUACGAGAUGAAGACAAUGUGAGAUGCUCUACAUGUAUUUUGCCAUUUUAGCAAAACCAUUUACCAGCUUGUACCUUAGCCUUUGUAGAUUAAUAUAAUUGUCAUAAAGAAAUCUAGGUUCUAUAAUUGUUUAUUCUAAUUAGAUGUGUGGUUUGAGAUGUACAUGCCCAAUUAACAUCCCAGUCCUGAAGUAACAUUAGAACAUGUAAUCAGACCUCUGUAUCAGAAAGGCUUGUGAACGAUGCAUUUGAUUGAAAAAUGUGACAUUAAACAGUUUCAUUUGAA